CACAACAGUGCGACAAUAUGAAAUUGAUGACAAUGAAAUCAGUUUAGGAUGGCUAAAGAAGCUGUGACUUGUCUACUGGCAACAGUUGCCAUUGUGUUGAAUGAUGCACUUGGUAAAUCCCAAUCUAAUGGGUGUUCAGCACCCUUGAUUCUCCCCAACUUGCCCUUCUUUGUUGUGUGGAACCAUCCCACAGAAUCUUGUCGGGCCAAAGGAAUUGACUUGAACUUGGACAAGUGGGGCAUCAUUGAUAACACUGGUGACAAGUUCCUUGGUCAAAGUAUUUCACUCUUUUACAACCUUGGACUCUGGCCCUAUUACAGUGGUAAUGAGACAGCCCAUAAUGGCGGCAUUCCCCAGCUUGGCAAUUUGUCAGAACACAUAAGGAAAGUACAGGCUGAUGUUGAGUCCACUCUACCAGACAAAACUUUCUCAGGGCUAGGAGUGAUAGACUUUGAGCACUGGCGUCCCCUGUAUGCACUCAACUACGACUCAUUGAAAAUCUAUCAGCUCAAGUCCUACCAGCUGGCCAAACUCAAGUUCCCUAAUGCUAGCAAGGAGGAGCUGGUCAGGGAGGCUACCAAAGAGUUUGAGCUAGCAGCAAGAGAAUUUCUCCAAAACACUUUAAGUAACGUAACGUCACUGCGAGCCUCAGGGAGAUGGGGUUACUAUGGUUACCCGCGAUGUUGGGAUACCUACUGCAACACUUCAACAGUUGCUAUCAAUGAUCAGUUGUAUUGGAUCUAUGAGAACAGCACCAGCCUGUACCCUUCCAUCUACUUUAGCUCUACCGAUCCCCUUGACGUCAGGACAGGCAGAAUCACUAAAGUCCUGAAAGAAACACUUCGUUUGAAAGCUACAUGGUCACCAGAAACUGCUGAUGUGCUGGCUUAUGCUAAUUGCCAGGAUGGCCCUUACAUUAUGUUUGAUACUAUGGAGCUGGACAGUGCCGUGGGUCUUCCAGCUGAGAUGGGACUGUCUGGUGCUGUACUGUGGGGCAGCUCUGAUGUGAUGAGGGCAAAGAAUGAAUGCACCAUCCUGCAGCAGUACAUCCACACAACACUGGGGCCCUAUGUUCUAAACCUGACCAGCUUCUUUCAUGCUUGUGGCUCUCAGCUGUGUACUGGCCAUGGGAGAUGUGUCAACAAACAGUAUGAGAGCUACUACCAACAUUACCUGAGGAAAACUGGAAGCAAGCAGUGCCAGAUACCUCAGAGGUAUCUCAGCACCAUAAGAAAUACAUUGAACAGUUUACAAUGGAAGACUCACAUUUCUAGAAGCUCAGAGCUAUUCCACCAAGCUGGUGAGUCCACAAAAUACAAGCAGCCCUCUAGAAAAGAUGGCUCAAGUCUAAGGGUGGAGCCAGAAAAUAAUUAUGAUAAUUAUGUGUGUAAAUGUUUUGCUGGUUGGUCUGGGAGAUACUGUGAGCAGCCUGCCCUGCUCUAAGUGCUGCAUCCAGUGGUAAGUCUGUCUGGU